UGGCUACACAUCUCAGCAGGCGGGGUUUACAUUAGGGAACUGUGUUUAGCACACAUCAUGUAAAACAAGUUGCAAAUGAACUGUCAGAGCGAUUAUAUCUGACGCUUGAUCGAGGCGAAAACAGCAGCUUCGAGUUUAUAAAUACUACUCUCAGGGGAUCUUUUAGGAUGUGGGGACCAUCACACUUCUGCUUGAUACUGUGUCUGUGGGCUUGUUUGGAUGCACUGCCAGUUGCUGUGGAUAAGACUAAAGUGAGCCCUCCAGUAGAGGAUCUAGAGCCACCCGAAAGUGUAGACACUGGAUUGCACUAUGAUCGAUAUCUCAGAGAGGUUAUUGAUUUCCUGGAAAAGGACCCACAUUUCAGAGAGAAACUUCAUAACACAGACAUGGAAGACAUCAAGCAAGGGAAACUGGCUAAAGAGUUGGACUUUGUCAGCCAUCACGUGCGUACUAAACUUGAUGAGCUAAAGAGGCAAGAAGUGAACAGACUGCGUACCCUAAUCAAAGUCAAACAAGACAUGAAUGGAGAAAAAGGUAUGACAGUGGACCACAAAGCACUUCUGAAACAGUUUGAACAUCUGAAUCACAUGAAUCCAUAUACAUUCGAAGUGGAAGACUUGGAUCGUCUCAUUAAAUCGGCCACUAAUGACCUGGAAAACUUCGACAAGGAACGACAUGAAGACUUCAAGAGGUACGAGAUGACGAAGGAACAUGAACGCAAGGAACAUCUUAAAACACUGGAUGAGGAAGCGCGCCAAAAAGAGGAGGAACACUAUGAAGAGAUGAAGAAGAAACACGCAGACCAUCCCAAAAUCAAUCACCCUGGCAGUCAAGACCAGUUGAAAGAGGUCUGGGAGGAAGCGGACGGUUUGGAUCCCAACGAAUUUGACCCAAAGACAUUCUUCAACCUACAUGAUACUAAUGGAGAUGGCUACUUUGAUGAGCAAGAACUCGAGGCACUGUUUACCAAAGAGCUAGAGAAAGUCUAUGAUCCCACACAUGAAGAGGAUGACAUGAUGGAAAUGGAGGAGGAGAGACUUCGCAUGAGAGAACAUGUGAUGAAUGAGGUCGACACUAACAGAGACAGGCUCGUUUCACGAGAUGAGUUUAUUACUGCUACAAACAGAAAAGAAUUUCUUGAGCCAGAUGGAUGGGAGGUAAUGUUAUUUAUUUUUUUACUUUUGGGAAAUGAAUACUUUUAUUUAGCAAUGACACAUUCAAUUCACGGAGUGACGGCGGUAGAGCACAUGGAGCGGUUGAAAACACAGAAAACAGAGCCUCCAGUACAGGACAAAGUACCUUUUGCGGCGGAAAUGCUACCUGGGGACAGUCAGCCUUUGUCACACGGUCAUCAGCAAGACCUCCCCGCACAUUCUUAGCAGCUCAAGCUCUUCUCAGUGUCUGUAAUGUGUUUGUCUGUUGUAUGUAGUGUCAAAUAUUUCCAUCCUCACAUUCAAAUGGACCAUUUACUGUCACUUAGCAAAGACCUUGGCUAUCCUUGAAGUAAUCAAACAAAUCAUCGUGGUGGUAUUCUCAAACACAAAAAAUAUUGAAUUGCGGUAUCCCAAAACGGGUCGCUGAAGUAUGUAAAUGGUUAACAGAAUUCUCUGUGGACAAUCACACUUCUGUCCACAUUCUCUUAUCUAAAAUGCAGAUAGUUUGUGAGGACAGGGAUUGUACUUGAAACUUGUAUUUAGAGAAAUUAAAUGUAUUUGUAUUGUUCUUGUAAAUGUCUUAGCCAUGUUUGCAUAAACAUGGAUAAACCUCAUAGGAUAAAUUUCUCUUUACAUUUAGGCAUUUGAUAUUAUACCUGGGCAAUAAACACACUUCAUGUUAAGUUAAA